CGGACAUUCUAACAGCUUCUCCACUCUUUUUUCAGGGUCAUCCUUUCUAUUCCUUCUGACCAAAAGGUAAAUCUUCUGGACCUCGGUGGACCGCAAAAGUUUUUCCAGGAUGAGUUUUCCCAAGAAACCAGUGGCGCCGAUAUUGGUGUUGAAGGAGUGAGAUCGACAAGAGUACUAGCGACUCCAAAAAAAUCAAUAGACGACAAAUACAUAACAAGAUCACUAUGGUUAAACAACAACAAAUUAAAAUCUCUUGCUGGGUUGGACACUUUGGUGGAUAAUUUACUUAAAUUCCCCAUGGAACUACAAUGGAUUGACAUUUCGUUUAAUUAUUUACGCAGUAUAGACGAUGUAAUUCUAAAAUUCCCAAAAUUAAAAAUAAUAUAUUUGCACGGAAACUGUUUAACGGAUAUGGACGAAAUUUUUAAGCUAAGAAACCUAAAGGAACUAAAAACGGUUACUUUUCAAGGAAAUCCCAUCUCGAACUCCCCGAAAUACCGUAGCUACGUCAUAUCCUGUCUCCCAACGAUUUUAAAUUUGGAUUUUAUACCUGUGUUAAAAACUGACAGAAUGAUGCCCCUUUUACCCGAAGUUAUCAAAAAAAUUGAAGCGAAUAGAAAAAUACAGCAAAAAUCGGGGAAAUAACCUCACUUUUAUGUAACAUAACCUCAUUUAUCGUAGCUACUUAAAUGUCAAUAAAACAGCGUUUAAAGUGUUUUUUCCUAUUAAUUGUUGUAAAAUUUAAAUAUAUCGUCACAAAAUGGAUACAUUCCAGGAUUUUAUAAGUUUUUUAGCGUUUUUAGGCGAACAAGAUAAAAUAAUAUUGAAUAAUAACAUAGAGGUUAACUCAAGAAGAAUAAGUGAGUUAUUAUUAGAAACAAAUAACGAUACGCCAAAAUUUUAUGUGGAAUUAUUAACUCAAAUUGGUGAAAAUAACUUUGUUAUUUUACACGAUGACAAAUUUGAGUAUAAAAUAUUCAUACAUGAAAAAUGGAUGUUUACAGUAACUUUAUUAGUGUCUUUAAGGCAUAAUAAGUAUAUUUCCAAUCAAAAAUUACUCCAGGAAAAUUCUCAGAAUGAUAUACGAGUAAUUAUGAUGAUUCUAUUAAAUAAUUUGAAAAUAAGUGAAGUUGUGACAUUACAGCUAUUAAUAUUGCUUGAAAUUAUAUUAAAGAAACACAGUGACGUCCUAGAGGAAAAUUUAUGUGUGGAUACACUAAAAAAUAUGAAUAAUAUUGCUCUUUGUCCAAUAUCAAAAUUUAAAUAUUAUGCACAUUGCAUAUCAAAGAUUAUAUUGAAAUUUAUACCAAAAAAAUGCCUAAACAGUUAUGAAAAUCUACAUUAUCUACCUGUAAGAGGCAUAGAAACAUCAGAUUUGGUAAAAGUUGUUUAUCAAAAUCAAGAUUUUGAUAUAAAUUUGGUCAAAAAAUGUAUACGACUAUUUCAGAACAAUUUGGACUCAAAAGAUGGCAGUUCUUUGUACGAAUUUUUAAUAAGUUGUGAUUUUGAGUUUUGGCGGGAAAAAAUAUGGCCCUACUUUAAGGAAAGCUUUGAAAAUAUAAAGUUAGAAGGUGAAUAUUUCCAAAGUUUGGUAAAAUAUUGGAUACCCCUUAAUAUUAAAAGAUAUCAGGACACGUUCUAUGAUUUUUUAUUGACGCAAAACAUUAAUUUCACAUUGGAAUCAUUAAUUUAUUACGAAUUAAAAAAACAAAGUUUUAACGGUAGUUUAUAUGAUGAAAACAUGUUGAAAUACGUUAAAAAUAGUGAAACUAAAAAUAUUGUUUUAAAGACAUUUGUUUUUAAAGGUUUUAAACCUAGAUUGUAUGAUUUAAAUUGCAUAAAAUAUUAUUUAUUUUCAACCACUGAUAUUUUAAGCGAGUCCAGUCAAAAAACUUUAAGGCAAAUUUUUUCCCAUAUAUUUUUGUAUGGCAAUAAUUUGACUAGAAAAAAUAUUGAUACGGAAAUACUAGAGGAUUUUUUUGUGGAUUUAUAUAAUUAUAUUAGUCCCCUAUUUAAUAUACAGAGUGAUUUGGCCUCACAAGUGCUACUGAUUAUUUUAAAUAGCGCCAAAAUGCCAACAAAAAAAUUAACCCUGUCUUAUACGCCAGAAAGGUUGGAUUUUUACGAGGAAAACAAUAAUUUGCUGUACAAAAAAAUGCAGGGGUGUCAAAAAUGGCAUUUUGAGAACCAAACAAUUAUAGGUCUUAUUAAAUUUUGGUUCUUGAAGACUGAAGGUGUCAAUGAAAAUGUGACCCAAAUUAUUUUGGGUUAUUUUACGGAUAACAUAAAAAUAGAAUGUGAUAUUUUGAAAAUUGUGGAAAAUUUCGCAAAAAAUCCCAACUUACAAUCGUGUGAAAAAAUAAAAAAUUAUGCUAAAAUAUGCGAAAAUGCUGAUUUUGAAAAAAUUAUGUGUGUGCAAAAUGAUCUUCUCAAUAAAGGAUUUAUUGAAUGCGACGAAAAUAUUUUAUUUAAAUCUGUUUUAUUAAUGGAAGUAAUUUUAAUAUACUCCGAAAAAAAUGUUUUUUCUCCAAAUAUAGUCGAUUUUUUGAUAAAAUCCGUUGAUGUAUUAAAUCAACUUUUAAAUGAGGAAAAGUUUAGAAAUAUUACCAAUAGGGCAACGAAAAUUCUGGAGACUUACAUAAAUAAUUUGUUAAUUUUCAUUAAAAUCUCCUAUGCAAAGUUACCAAACAAUCUUAAGGAAAAAAUCAUGGAACUAAUUGUGAAAAUAAUAAAAAUUAGUAACAUGAAAAAGCCUGUAACAAUGUCAGUGGAGGUGUUAAAAUACUUGGGGUGCAUGGAAAACAACUUUGAUAAAAACUUGAAUAUAAAAUUAUUGGCAAGAACAAUGGAACAUAUAAUCUAUUCACCAGAAAGAUUGAAUGUUAAAAUUAGGAGGAAUCCAGAGACUAGAUUGGUGUUGCAUGCUUUAAUAACAUCUGAAAAACAUUCAGAUAAGCCCCUAUUAUUUUGGUGUUUGGAGUUUUUAAUGGAUGUUUUAAGAAAUAAAAAAUCCUCAGACUCUGCAUUGACGUCAUCAUUUCACUGCUUGGAAAUAAUAGUGUCUGAUAACACAAUUCAAAAACAUACUAUGAAAUAUGUUCCCGAAAUAAUUGAACAUACUGUAUUGCUCUACAAAAACCCCAGUUGGAGUGUCAGAAACGGACUGAUACAAAUGGUUAAGGCCAUCAUAGAACGUUUUUUUGGUGUCUUCAUAAACCUAGAAACAAGACCGAAAACGAUUGAAGAUCUGUUCGUAAUUUUCCCGAAAUUAUCCACGUUUUUCCAACAAUUUUUAAACCAACCAAACUUCACCCCCUCUCACGUCAUAAUAUUCCUUUAUUUUUCCGAAUCAAAAUUUAGAGAUCAAAUUUUCCAAAAUCCCGAAGUUGUUUCGACAAGAUUCAAAUUUUCGACGGCGUUCUUCGACCUGGCCAAUAGCGUUACAGGUUACUAUGGUAACCAGAUGGCGCUGCUAAAUGACUUUCGAAACGUCAACAAAAAAUUAUCGUCAUUCAGAAAAAAUGGCGGCGGCAGCGGUACAACAUCCAAAUGUGAACGAUUUUCUGGCGAAAAAACAGAAGGAGAGUCCGAAAGAUUUGGCGCAAGAAUGGGCGGAAUUGGAGGAGCUGCACAACAAAAAAUUAUGGCAUCAGUUGACGCUGAAAUUGAUGGUGUUCAUCAAAAAGCCCGAGUUCAAGAAGGACGAUAAUUUAAUACAACUGUACAACAACUUUAUACAGACUUUCGAAAAUAAGAUUAACCCUUUAUCAUUGGUUGAAAUUGUUGCCAUAGUGGUUGAGCAAAUUAAAGAGCCCAAAGAUGCAGUGGCUUUCCUUGAAAAGACUGAACCGAAAGUUAAGAUUAACCCCGAUGCGCAGAAUUUGUGCAAAGUGCUUGCAGGGCAAAUACACUUGGAGAAGUUGACCGAUUUGGAAGCUACCAAAAAGAUUAUUGAAGAGGUCGAGGCUACUUUGGAUAAUGCCGAUGGUGUUACUGCCGUACAUGGAAGGUUUUACUUGUUGGCUUCCCAAUAUUACAGAAUCCAAGGCGACCAUGCGCAGUAUUACCGCACAGCACUCCGCUACUUGGGUUGCAUCGAAGUAGAAACCUUAACAGAAGAAGUAAAACAUCAGCACGCGUUCUUUCUGGGUCUGGCCGCCCUACUGGGCGAGGGGGUGUACAAUUUGGGGGAAUUACUGGCGCACCCCGUAUUGGAUUCGCUCAAAACGACAGAAAAUGCCUGGCUGGUGGAAUUAUUGUUCGCUUUUAACUCUGGCAACAUCAACAAGUUUGAGCAGAUGAAGUCUCAUUGGUCCGCCAUAGCGGACUUGGCUGCUCAAGAGUUGUUUUUGAGGCAGAAAAUUUCGCUGCUGUGUCUUAUGGAGAUGACUUUCAAGAGACCCUCUCACAACAGGCAGUUAACUUUCGCCGAAAUUUCUAAAGAAACCAAAUUACCCAUCAACGAAAUUGAGUUAUUGGUUAUGAAAGCCCUUUCUCAAGGUCUAGUCAAGGGUGCUAUUGACCAGGUUGCCAGUACUGUAAACAUGACCUGGGUGCAACCCAGAGUCCUUGACAGAACCCAAAUCACCACCAUGGUUGACAGAUUAAACGAAUGGUGCAAACACGUCAACACGAUGGAAAAAAUGUUGGAGGAAAAAGCCAGCGAAAUUUUAACCCUUUAGAUUUAAAAACAACCUUUUUUUUGUAAGAAUUAUAUAAUAUUAUUAAUAAAGUUCGUUUUCUA